AAGGAAAAUAACUACCCAUAAUACAAGCUUAGCAAGCCUAGAUAGAAGGUAGCGAUGUCGAGUUCGACUACUCCAAUCUCGCCCCAGUUGGUCUCUCCCACUGACGAUGAACUCCUACAGGCGCAGGCCAACCUGUGGCGCCACAGCCUCUACUACCUCACCUCCAUGGCGCUCCGGUGCGCCGUCAAGCUCGGCAUCCCCACAGUCAUCCACCGCCUCGGCGGCAACGCCACGCUUCCCGCCCUUAUCACUGCACUGUCCCUUCCGCCGGCCAAACUUCCAUUCCUCCGUCGCCUCAUGCGGCUCCUUGUCAGCUCCGGCGUUUUCACCACCGAGAGGGGCGGCGCGGCCGCGGAGGCGGAGGCGGUAUACGGCCUUGCGCCGCUCUCCCUCUUCCUCGUCGACGGCGCGUUCACUGGUAGCGAGGUCGACGACGGCCACACCAACCAGUCGGCGUUUGUGCUCGCGGCGACCUCGGCGCACUACGUGGAGGCGGCGCUCGGGCUGGACGACUGGUUCAUGAAGGACAACGUGCCCGCCGCGGCGUCGCCUUUCGAGGCCGUGCACGGCGCGCCGCUGUUGCACGAGACCCCGGUGGACGCGGAGCUCAACAGGCUCGUCAGCGAGGCGCUGGUCUCGCAGAACCACAUGGGGAUCGGCCUGGCGCUCCGCGAGAGCCGCCGGGUGUUCGAGGGGCUGGAGUCGCUGGUCGACUGCGGCGGAGGCGACGGCGCGGCGGCGAGGGCCAUCGUCAGGGCAUUCCCGGGAAUCAAGUGCACCGUGCUGGACCUUCCUCAGGUGAUCGGCACCGCCCCGGUGGCCGAUGGAGCGGUCGAUUACGUUGCCGGCGACAUGUUCAGUUACAUUCCACCUGCUCAAGCUGUCCUGCUCAAGUAUGUGUUGAGCCACUGGAGCGAUGACGACUGUGUGAAAAUCCUUGCACAAUGCAAGAAAGCCAUUCCUUCGCGAGAAGCCGGAGGUAAGGUGAUCAUAAAGGAUGUAGUGGUUGGCACUUCUUCUGGACUGAUGCUUGAAGCCGAGCUUCUGAUGGACAUGGCCAUGAUGGUGAUGACCUCUGGACGGGAAAGGGAUUAACAAGAGUGGCGUGAGAUCUUCACUAAUGCUGGAUUCAGCGACUACAAGAUCAUGAACAAACUAGGAGCUCGAUGUGUCAUUGAGGUCUACCCGUGAAGGAAUUUCGAUAUAUGUCCAUAUAUAGUUUUAUAUUAUGCUCUAAAUAAGUGCUUUCUUGCAAUUAAUUAAAUAUAUAGAAGAUAUGGAUCAAGAUUCUUGUCAGGUGAAGUUAUAUGUUCUCUUUGGUUACACUAUAUUUUAUAUGUAUUUCUGUCAGUUAAGAACAAAGUUAAUAAAUUGCAGUGCCCCUUAAGGCUUAGUUAA